AUGCACUAUCCGCCAGUCCCGUACCCGCCCAACACCGCCGACGUCGACCUCGGCGAGCACCCUGACGCGGGCCUGGCCUCGUGCGAGUCCGCCUCGUCGAGCUCGCCUCCCGCGCCCAAGUCGACCCAGGACGAUCCUAUGCCGCGCCCUCGGAGCCCUCGCACCGCCCGCUCGCCCUUCAAGCGCCCCGCCCCGACCUCCUCACCCUCGCACGACGCUCGCCUCGGCUCCACACCGAGCGCACACGCUCGCUCGGCGUCGCCGACGCCGCAUCGUGCCGCUGAGUUCACCUGGAGCCAGCCGGUCGCGCCGUCGAAGCGCGCGAGGGCGCCGGCGGGGUUCCCGUUCAAGGCGCCAAAGAGCGCCCGCUCGCCGGUCGGCGAGCGCUCGAGCAAGAGGCGGAAGGGGGCGGUCGAGGAGGAUCCGACAAAGAUGCUCUCCGCCGACCCGCGCUCGACCCGCUCCCUCGCCACCCCGACUCGCUCCUCCUCAACCACCUCCUCGUCCACCAGCCCGUCCUCCUCCCCCUCGACCUCUCCCUUCCCCACCUCGCGCCCCUUCCCCACGCCAACCCGCACGACGUCCGCCCUCGUCGCCGACUACCGCGCCGCGCUCGCCGACGAGGCCACUUUCCGCGGCAUCACCGAGGCCGAGCUGCGCGAGUCGCUCGCGAGGCGCGACGAGGACGAGGGCGAGGACGAGCUGCGGCCGCUUGACGUCGAGCUGCGCGAGAGGGGCUGGGGCGCGCCGCGAGAGGGAGGAGGAUCGAGGCGCGAGCGGCUGUCGAUGCGCUCGACGGUCGGCGGCGGCGGCGGGGCGGCUCGCUCGCCCUCUCCGCCUCCAGCGUCCACCUCGUCCCACCCAACCAAGCGCUCCCGCGCCCCCCCCCCCGCCGCCUCGACCCUACGCAAGGCGUUCCGCGCGCCGCGCCCCGUCGAGCGCGCUCCCUCGCCGCCGUCGGGCGAGGACGACGACGACGAGCUUCUCGUCGCGCUCGACAGGGCGAUCGCGGCAUCUUCGGUGCGCUCUGGCAGCGGCACCGCGCGGCGUGGCGGCUCGGGCGCGAGCACGGGAGCUGGAGCGGCGGCGGCGGGAGGGGCGGCGGGACGCGCAGGAGCGAGCGGGGCGCUUGCGCCGGGACGGGCGGGCUCGUGAGCGUCGAGGAGGGCGGCGAGGAAGGUGUACGGGGGUUCGCGCUGGGUCGGGCGGCGAGCCGUGGAGGAGAGGAGGUCGGAGCGCCGAGCGCGCGAGGAGACGGUGGGAGCGCUUGACGGGCCGCGGGGGGUUGCGCUUGAAGGAGGACGGCGAGUGUGUCGAUUUGAGUAGCUAAGGGUCGGCGGAUGACCGAGAAUGCGCUGUGUCCCAGCUGG